AAGAGGGGGAACCUGAGGGAGAGCCACCGCUAAACGGAGAUCCAAGUUUUUACACUUGACCCUUCUUUUUAAGUCUUUUACGUUUGUUUACCUCAUCGUUUUUGACUGUCGGAGACGGGAUACUCACUUUGCUAUUUUUUUUUUACUCUACCGCCGACACUGAAACCUCGUUUGUUUUGGAUUAGCUAGCUAACGUUAGCUGUUUCCCCCCCAGCUAACGUUAAUCUGAGAAAAAGAAACGGGCGGCGUGGUGGAGAGUUUUUCUCACUUCAAGAGCAACGUGCUAGUGAAUGCUGCCGCUUUUUUUCGUUUUUCACGGCGACUGAAAAAAAAAGAAGUAACGCCCGCCUCAAGUUUUUCUGUGUGUGUGUGUUUUUCUUCCCCCCUUUUGUCGUUUAUGGGUGUUCAUUUGUUCGCGGCGUGGUCAGCGGGGGUGAAGGAGUUCAGAGGAAGGUCGUAGGGAAAGCUAUCGCUGCACGUUUUUCCUGCACGUAUUCAGAGGAGUUUCCUGGGAUGUGCUCCUGUUUGUCUUUACUCGUCUUAAAAAGGUGAGCUUCCCGAGGAGAUGCAGGCAGAGAAAGGGGGGAUAUAGCGACCUGUGGACUAAAAACAAAAAAGCAAAGCCAGCCAACUCUUGUUCUUGGUUUUGUCUUGGGCGAUAUCCAUGACUUCGGCCCAGAUCGACUGGACGAAUCGAAGAGGAGACUUUUUUUUUCAAAUGAUGUGCACAAAAUCUUCUCUCCCAGCUGUAUAUGAAGUGGGUCUUCAAUCAUUGAAGCAGUGUUUUACAGUGGAAUGAGCCCGGGGCGAGUGGAUCGCCUUUGGGGAACUCCUCACUAGCCCUGUGACUGGGAUAUUAUUACUAUUUUCCCAAUUGGAUUCAUUGGAACACUACACUAAACAGAUGAACGUGAACUAUCGCAUCCACUUAUGGAAAAUGAAGCUUUUUAUUCGCACAUGUGCCGCCAGAACCCAAGAUCACGUUAUUUAGUGGUCUGCAUUUUCCAGGGCUCACAUAUAUCAGAAACUUGGCUGGGAGGGUAUUUUUGAAAUUAAACUAAAACCACGUUGGACCCCCACCCGGCCUCUUCUCAAGGUGGGGGGGACAUAUUGACAAGUUGAUUAUAUUGUACAUUGCGUUUUGGAGAAUGGUUUCUUACUUUUGAUAUUCCAACGCAUUUGAAACAAACUUUGCUCUUCAAAGAUCAUAGUUUCUGAAAAAGCCUCAAGAGGAGAACAUACCCCGAGUCAAAAUGAGGCGGUGGACGAUAAAGCUGCGAACACAAAUUGUGCUUUUUAUUGUCUGCAUCUGCGUUGUAUGCCAGUGUGGACUAAUAAAUGGAGAAAUCUGCCAGAGUAAGGACAUCCGAAACAAUGUGACCAACCUCCAGUCGCUGGAGAAUUGCACCAUCAUUGAGGGCCACCUGAAGAUCCUGCUCAUGUUCAAGACCAAGCCCGAGGACUUCCGCGGCCUCAGCUUCCCCAAGCUGCGGGUGGUAACCGACUACCUGCUGCUGUUCAGGGUCUACGGCCUGGAGAGCCUCAGCGAGCUUUUCCCCAACCUGACUGUGAUCCGUGGCAACAAUCUCUUCUUCAACUACGCCCUGGUGCUGUUCGAGAUGCUGCAGCUGAAGGACUUGGGCCUCCACAGCCUCAUGAACAUCACCCGAGGCGCCGUGAGGAUUGAGAAGAACCCAGACCUCUGCUACCUGGCCACUCUGGACUGGUCGAAGAUCCUGGACUCAGUAGAGGACAACUACAUCAUGGCCAAUAAGAAUGAAAAGGAGUGUGGAGAUGUGUGUCCUGGCACAGCACAGGGCCAGACCAUCUGCCCGCAGAACACCAUUAACGGACACUUCAGGGGACGGUGUUGGACACAGAACCACUGCCAGAGAAUGUGCACGGACAACUGCAAAUACGGCGCGUGCAGCCUCCAGGGCCAGUGCUGCCAUGACCAGUGCCUGGGCGGCUGUUCAGAGCCGGGGAACUCCAGCAGCUGCGUGGCCUGCAGGAACCUCCAGCACGGGGACACCUGUGUGGAAAAGUGUCCUCCAGGAUACUACGUCUUCAGGGGCUGGCGCUGUGUCAGCUUCUCUUUCUGUCAGGACCUCCACAACCAGUGUAAGCAGACAAAGAAGUUGAACCAGGACAGGGAGUCAGGCUGCCACGAGUAUGUCAUCCAUAACGGGGCCUGCAUACCAGAGUGUCCUUCUGGAUACACCACCAUCAACUCUACUACGUUGAUCUGUUCUCCAUGUGCAGGCCUGUGUCCCAAGCUGUGUGUGGGGAACAAGACUAUAGACUCUGUAACAUCAGCCCAGGCUUUGAGAGGGUGUACUGUACUCAACGGCAACAUGAUCAUCAAGAUCCGAGGAGGGAACAACAUUGCGGCUGAACUUGAAGCAAACUUGGGCCAGCUCGAGGAGAUCACAGGCUACCUGACCAUCCGCAGAGCGUACGCCCUCGUCUCGCUCUCCUUCCUUCGCAAGCUGCGUGUCAUCAGAGGAGAGCAGCUGGAGGGAGAUUCCUUCUCCUUCUAUGCAUUGGACAACCAGAACCUGCGAGAGCUUUGGGACUGGUCCAAGCACAACCUGACCAUUCAGCGUGGUCGCACAUUCUUCCACUACAACUCCAAGCUCUGCAUGUCUGAAAUCCGUAAGAUGGUGGAGGUGACGGGAACCAAGGAGCGCAACCUUAAGAACGACAUCGCAGUCCGCACCAACGGGGACCAGGCUUCCUGUGAAAACCGCCUGCUGAAAUUUACCUUGAUCAAGACCUUGUCAGAUAAGAUCAUGGUGAAGUGGGAACCUUUCUGGCCCCUUGACUUUAGAGACUUGCUGGGCUUCAUGGUUCUCUACAAGGAGGCGCCGUACAAGAACGUGACUGAGUUUGAUGGACAGGAUGCGUGCGGUUCCAACAGUUGGGUGAUUGCUGAUGUGGACGCACCUCCCCGCGCCACGGAAGGCAAGGAGCAGCAGGAGCCAGGGUACUUGAUCCGCCCACUCAAGCCUUGGACCCAGUAUGCCAUCAUGGUCAAAACGCAGCUGUCGGCGUCUGAUGAGCACCAGGUCCAUGGAGCCAAGAGCGAAAUCAUCUAUGUCCGCACCAAUGCGACCAAGCCCUCAGUGCCUCUGGACCCCAUCUCUUCCUCAAAUUCCUCCUCCCAGAUCAUCCUGAAGUGGAAGCCUCCCACCAACCCCAAUGGCAACAUCACCCACUACCGGGUCAUCUGUUGUAAACAGCCCGAAGACAGCGACCUCUACAAAUUUGACUACUGCCUGCAAGGAAUGAAGCUGCCAUCGCGCACUCCGACCCACCUGGGCAGCGAGGACGAGCAGAAGUGGAACCAGACUGACGAGCCCGCUACCGGGGCCAAGUGCUGCGCCUGCCCCAAGACAGACAUCCAGCUAAAGAAGGAGCAGCAGGAGUCGGAGUACCGCAAGACCUUCGAGAACUACCUUCACAACGAGGUCUUCGAGAUCAGACCGUAUCGUCGGCGACGCUCAGUAGGAGUUGCCAACGCCACACAGACCCAUUCUCAGUUCCCCACCACACCCCCCAGCCAGCCAUAUGGCUCCACCACGCCCGGCCCUGCCAAGGAGGACAAGGAGGGAUCCAAGGUGGAGCUGAAGGUGUACACCAAGGAGUCAACAGUCAUUUCCAACCUGCACCACUUUACAAGCUACAAGAUAGAGAUACUGGCCUGUAACCAUCCCACCGACCUGAGCCGCUGCAGCAUGGCUACCUAUGUCAGCGCCCGCACGAUGCCUGAGGAGAAGGCCGACGACAUCCCAGGCCCUGUGACGCACGAGAUGAUUCCAGACGAACCCAACUCUGUGUUCAUUAAGUGGCAGGCACCUCGUUCUCCUAAUGGCCUCAUCAUUCUCUACGAGCUGUUCUACAGGAAGGUUGGAGAUGUGGAGGUCCACACAGCCUGUGUGUCGCGGCCAGCUUACAUCAAGUCAGGUGGCACCAAGCUGCGGCUGGUGCACCCUGGGAACUACAGUGUGAGGAUCCGUGCCACUUCGCUGGCAGGAAAUGGCUCCUUUACCGACACCACAUACUUCUUCAUGCCCGACAAAGACACCAGUGUAUUGAAGAUUGUGAUCGGUCCGGUCAUCUGCUUCAUCCUGCUGCUCUUUGUGGGAGGUGGCGUCUUCAUGAUCUUCAAGAAGAGGCAAACAGAGGGCCCCACAGGACCUCUCAUCGCCUCCUCAAACCCUGAGUAUCUCAGCGCUAAUGAUGUGUAUGUUCCAGAUGAGUGGGAGGUGGCCCGGGAGAAGAUCACGGUUCUGCGAGAGCUGGGUCAGGGCUCGUUCGGCAUGGUGUACGAGGGCCUGGCCAAGGACAUUGUCAAGGGAGAGCCAGAGACACGCGUGGCAGUCAAGACAGUCAAUGAAUCGGCCAGCUUGAGAGAAAGGAUCGAGUUUCUCAAUGAAGCCUCCGUCAUGAAGGCGUUCAGCUGUCACCAUGUGGUGCGUCUGUUGGGUGUGGUUUCCAAAGGCCAGCCCACCCUGGUGGUCAUGGAGCUGAUGACCCACGGUGACCUGAAGAGCUACCUGCGUUGUCUCAGACCGGACUCUGAGAACAACCCAUCAGGCCGUCCUCCACCCACGCUGAAGGAGAUGAUUCAAAUGGCUGCAGAGAUUGCAGAUGGCAUGGCCUACCUGAACGCUAAGAAGUUUGUCCACAGAGACCUGGCAGCCAGGAACUGCAUGGUGGCAGAGGACUUCACCGUCAAGAUCGGAGACUUUGGUAUGACACGAGACAUAUAUGAGACUGACUACUACCGCAAGGGAGGAAAGGGCCUUCUUCCUGUCAGGUGGAUGGCUCCGGAGUCUCUGAAGGACGGAGUCUUCACUGCUCACUCUGACUGCUGGUCUUUUGGCGUGGUUCUGUGGGAAAUCAGCACACUGGCAGAGCAGCCCUACCAGGGUUUAUCCAAUGAGCAGGUUCUCAAGUUUGUCAUGGACGGAGGCUACUUGGACCGGCCGGAAAACUGCCCUGAGAGGAUGCACAACCUGAUGCAGAUGUGCUGGCAGUACAACCCCAAAAUGCGGCCGAUGUUCCACGAGAUCAUCGAGAUGCUGCGAGAGGACCUGCACCCGUCCUUCCAGGAGGUCUCCUUCUUCUACAGCGAGGAGAACAAAGUUCCCGAGACGGAGGACUUUGACCUGGACCUGGACAACAUGGAGAGCAUUCCCCUGGACCCGUCCUCGUACUCCCAGAGAGAAGAAAGCCUGGGCAGGGACAGCGGGCCCUCAGUGGCCCUCAGGGGGAACUAUGAGGAGCAUGUCCCCUACACACACAUGAAUGGUGGCAAGAAAAACGGACGAAUCUUAUCGUUGCCCAGAUCCAGCCCUUCCUAACAUUUCCUGUUUCUUCGACAAACUGAGUUAAACUCCCCCCUCCUCUCCCAUCCCCUAAACCUCCUUCUCCACCUUCAUUCCCUUCCAGUCCAUUUUCUUUACCCUCUUUGUUCCUUUCUCAUUUUCUGUUUUUUUUUUUUUCAUUCUAUUAUUCUUGCAGAAGCCCUUCAAAAAAGAAACCGAUCUCAGGACUUUUUAUUUUCUUCCUCAUGGCUGCCAAGCAAAGGCAAGUGAGGGAUGCAAAUACAGUGUAACAUUUUUUUAACUUCAUCCACAACACAUUGGACUUUCUAUAACCAUAUUACCUAUCUAUUGUUUUUCACUAUUGCCAAGUUUCCAGGACUCAUUGUAAUGGAAACAGAGAAAAAAACUGUGAACACAACAAACCUUAGACAACCAGAAGGCUGCUUAUGCUCAACCUCUCAAGACUUGUCCCUCCACUUCUCCCAUACCCUACCAAUCUGCAUUUUGUGUUGCUUUUUUUUUUCCAAGUGAAAUCUUUUACUCAGAUAGUGGCCUUUUUAUAUGUGGCCUAUAAACAAAGAGAAGUGUCUAUCAGCGCUUGUACUUAUUUCCUUUGAACAAUGACUUAAUCAGUUUGGAACUGUUUGGAACGGUGGGAUGACUCACAAAGACUUGAUCCUAGAACAAACGUCUAUUCGUAGAGGAGUUUUGUUUUGUUUUGUUUUAUUUUGGGGUUUUUUUUGUUUUUUGUUUGUUUUUUGUUUUGUUUUUUGUUUUUUUGGUUCUGCAGAAUUCCAAACUACACACAGAUUCAUUGGGUGUUUGGUGAAUAGUUUUAAUUUAUUUGCUUUUAUUUUUUUAUUUUCAUUCUCUUUCUCUCUAUCUCUUUCUCAGUUUUAUUUCUGUGUCCUCACAAUAUGGCUGAAGGAUAUUUAAACAGUUAAGAAUUGGACAAAAGAGUUCCUCAGACUGACCAAUAGCUGCUGCUUUGAUAUAUUUUU